ACAAUGGAGAUUUGUGAUGAAACGAGCGACAAGGGGAAAUAGAAUGGAAAAAUCAUCAGCAAGCCCGAAUCCGAAUGAAGGUGGAGAAUUGGAAAUUGAGCCACUCGGGAUCUACGAGGGCCAGAGAAAUGAGAGUGGCGAGAGGCAUGGCGAUGGAAAGAGCUUGCUAGCAAACGGCGACACGUACGUCGGUCAAUAUCGUAACGGGCUCAGACACGGUAGAGGUAUCUACGUGUUGAAAAACGGUGCCCGAUAUAACGGCGAUUGGAGAGACGGACAGAAAUACGGCCAAGGGACCUUUUGGUACCCUGACGGAACGCGAUACGAAGAUAUCUUAGAGAAGCUAAGAGUAUGCCAGGAAUUCGAGGGAGGAGAAUGGAAACGCGACGCAAAACACGGCUUCGGAGCCUAUUAUUACGCGAAUAAUGACAUGUACGAGGGCUCGUGGAAGGAGAAUCUUCGCCACGGUAUGGGAAUGUAUCUGUACGCUGAUACGGGAGCGAAAUUUAUGGGUACGUGGGUGGAGGAUCGCAUGGAAGGACCCGGACAGCUCGUUCAUACGCGCUAUCGCUUCCACGGUUUCUGGAAGCGCAACUUGCCGUACGGACGUGGUUGCUUCACCUUUGACAACGUAUGCAUGCAGCAUGGUCAUUACGUACACGUGAGAGAUUCCGCGUUUGAUGGCCCGACUUUGAUAGUUGCGCAAGAGAACGACGAUGAGGAGGAAAAGUCAGCGUUGAAAGGAACGUCCUCGGGGAUAGAUGUUCGGCCGAUGUGGCGUGCGCGUUGUAUCACACCUUACAACCCAGAGUUACUGCCGCCGGAAGCAAUGCCCCUGCGAGAGCAAGUGUCAACGGAACCCUCAAUCACCAAGGGCGAGGGGUACUCGGAUUAUCCGGGGGAGGACUAUCCUGGAGAAACAUCGCCCCGAAUCGACAGUCUUCAAUUGCAAUAAAAUAGAUGAAACUCU